UCGAUAGAUAUCCAAUCAUCAUUGUAUUGCUGCUGGAUUGCAACGUAUACCAUUCAGUGCGUAAAUGUCAUAAAAUAAAUUGUUUAACUGUCAUUGUAUAGCUGAUUUUAACAAGUUGAAAGAGUUUCGAAACGAAUAAUAUUCUAAAAAAUGGAUAUUGCCGCGUUGUCUGAUGAGACAUUUAACGCAAUUGAUUGGAUAAAUGUAAACUACAAUAAAUAUACAGCAGAACAAGCGGAAGGUUGUGCGGAUAAAAGUACUUUGCCGGAUAAUGCCGACGCGCUGGCGAUGAGUUUUAUUGACAAAUAUGUUUCCAAAUUACACUUGUACAUACAGCAAGUACACGGUGCAGUUGAAGAAACUGGUCAAAAAUUAGUUUCAGGCAUGCCGCGUGUUAUAAAGGAAGCACUUUUACUACAAGCUGAAGUGGAGGAAUUAAAAAAACGUAUGCAAGCUAUGCGUAAGGAAAUGACCGAUGUACAAGAGGAAACUGGUGAUUGCAUGGCUGCAUUGGAACGUUUAAAUACCAUACAAACUAAACUACAAAAAGCCAAGGAAUCCCUACAGGAAUCCGAUGGUUGGGGAAAUCUAAUAAGCGAAUUGGAGGAUUGCUUUGAACACAAUAACAUGAAGGGUGCAUUUGAGAAACUGCUUAGCUUGCAAAAGUCUUUACAAGUGCAAGAACAAUUAGCUGGACACGCUGAGCGACUCACACAGGUGGAAGACUUUAAAAAUCGUUUAGAAGCUUUGGCUUCACCAAAUGUAGUACAGUGUUUUGCUGAGGGUGACUUAGAACAGACGAAGCAAUACGUGAAUAUUUUCACUGGCAUAGGACGUAUCUCUCAACUAGAACAAUACUAUCGUGCUGUUCAAAAAAAUACCUUGCAACAAAAAUGGAAACAGAUUUUGGACGUACAAGCGGCCGAAAAUACAAUGCAACAACAGUUUCUUUCAAUAUUCUACAAUAAUUUAGUGGAACAAUGUCAACAGCAAGUAAAAUGGUGCGCCGAUGUGUUCGAUUAUGAACAUGGCAAUGUCCAACCUAUCAUCGUUGUUGUAGAACUAUUGCCAACAUUACAACCAACACGUGAGAAUCAUGUGUUACAAUUGCUUAAAGCGUGUAAUGAGCGUCUAGAACUUUUGGAAGAGUGUUCGCAGGCGAAUCAUAAAUUUAUGUCGCAUUUAACAGCAUUCCUAGAGCAAUCGAAAAUAGAAUUAUCGCAUGAAAUGCAAUAUCAAAUAGUGCAAGCCGUGUACGGAUACUUCCACAGAUUUAUAGAUCAAUAUCCACGUAUAGAGGAAACACAUUUAUCAGCACAAAUAGAUAAAAUAUUAGUGAGCCACGCGUCAGCAGGUGAUUCUGUGCGUCAUUUGGAGAAUUGUAACCAAAAAAUUUUUGAUUGGCUUAAUGAAUCUUGUGAACGCAGCAAAAAUAUAACCGACGAUUUGGGACUAUGUAAACUUAUAGAAAUUAUGAGUGCAAUUUUAAAGAAAAUUUUGGAUAAUUUCUCAAAAACUCAACGUCAAAUUGCCUUAAGUAUAGGACAAGCUACAGAAAAUUGGUUGGCACUACAAUGCGCGAUGUCACUUUUACAGUGCUUGGCGGAUUUUCAAAUAAAGUUACAUAAAUUUGAGAAACAUAUACAAAACCGUUUGAUUAGAUUGAAAGAAAAUGUUAUCACCGCCAAAAUGGAUAAAAUCUACAAUAUAUGUAAUAUUCUUGAUAAUCAAGAGCAAACAAAUUUGUUAAAUACCAUUGAAAGGUAUCAACAAAAAUUAGCAGAAACCAGUGGCACAGAUUCAACGUUUACAAGAUUUUUCGCUGCAAUAUAUGAUCAAGUGAAAAUACAUUGUGAAGAAACACAUGAAAUUGCUCUAAAUGUUUUGUUGAAACCGGUGGAGGAGCAUCUUUUAAAUAUACAACCAUCAUUAAGCUUAAAUACCGAUUCGUUGCUACCAGCUAAUAUGCCAGAAUUCAGUUUUGUACCACAAGAGUGUAUCACUCAAAUAGGACAAUAUUUACUGACGCUGCCGCAACAUCUGGAACCGCUAUUAUUUACACCAUCACCGUUACUUAAACAAGCUCUCGAGAUUUGUAACGUGAAAUAUACGCAACCUGUUCCAUGUGCCGACAUAUUGUUGUCUUUAGUCGUGGAGCAAUGUUGUCUACUCUAUCAAUCUCAAAUAUUGCAAGUAAAAACUCUGUCACAAACUUCUUCUAAACAAUUUGCUGUGGAUAUUGAGUAUUUGUCCAAUGUCGUCGAAGAAUUGGGCUUGUCUAUUAGUGUUGGCUUAUCGCAAAUUUUGACAUUACUUAAAGCUGAUCCGGAGAAUUACUUGGCUUUGAGCGGGGGCUGUGAACCGCGUUUAGUAACGGCCAUACGACAAAUGCGCAAUAUUGUUUCAACUCAAUAGGCAUUCCGUGAAGUAUUCAAAAAGUGAAUAGUGUUUGAUAUAUUGUAUAGAAAAUAUAUAUGUAUGUAUUUUAAUUAUUAUUUUUGUAUCUAAUAUAUAGCUACGCAGGCACAGAAAGCUUUAAAUUAUGUGUAAUUCACUUUGCUUUGAUUAAACAUGAUUUUGUUAUGAAUAUAAAUUUUAUUAAAACAAAAAAAUUGUUUUUUCAUGUCAAAUGUCUGCAAAAUUCUCUCUUGCAAAAUUAACAAUUAAAAUGGAAUAAAAUUGCCACCUGUAAAUGAAUAUUAAUCUAAAAUUUAAUUUUUAAGUUUUAGUGUAAAAAUUAAAGUAUAAAAUAUGUAUGUAUGUAUGUUCAACAUAUAAUAAAAAAUAUUAACGCACAUAUUAAAUUAAUUAAUUAAUAUUUUAUUGUUUAUAGAAUGCUUUUAUUAUUUACAGAACCUUCGAUUUAUUGUUUAUUAAAUUAUUGUUGCUAUAAACAAAGCAAGUCGAGAAAUUAGAUUAUCUAUGAAGUUUAUCGAGAACAACAUCAGCAGAUACCUCCGGUGAACAUCGUCAUAGUGUAGGGUAAGCAUUACCUGUUUUGACGAUGGCAGCACUUGCUUACUUGUCAAACGUCGUGCAAAAACAAAACAUUGAACAAGUGUGAGAUUGUGAUGGAAGUCAGUUAAGAUUACUUUUCAUAAGCACAAUUUAACAACAAGUACAAUGGGAAAUAGAUUUCUGCUCUGCACACCUAAGUACACAGUUUUCAGUGGAAAUAAAGUACAUUAACAUAAGAUAGGUAUUCAAAUUUCUAGAGUGCGUUUCGUGUUAGGCAAAUUGAAAGACCGUGAAAAAGUGAUAUUGACCCUCCGUUGGUAGCUUAAUAUAGAACAUUGCUAAAUUUUAGCGCAAUAUAUAUAUGCCCGUCAAUUGUUAUUUCGGCAAGUCGGGAGACGAAAAUCAUACGAAAAUCAGUGUCCAAAGUCAAAUUUAGCAUUCGAGGAAUUUAUUUUUGCUGCAGAAACAACGAUAAAGAAUAACGACGUCACAAAAUCUUUACCGCAAAGGAGUACAA